AGCUCAUUCACGUUGGUCGAGCCAUCCCCAUCUCCAUUGUCAUCGCCAUCAGACUCUCGACUCACCAAAUCUUGGACUCCCUGACAUUCCGUUCGCCCUAAACCCGCACCGGCGUCCCCCGUCCCGACUCCCAUUGCUAGCAUCCCGCAACACUUGGCUGCGCCCACGACACGCCAGCGACCUCCUCCAACCCUACCUCUUCCGCCUUCACCCACCCCCUCCCACACCACCCGCCAUGUCCUGCUGCGGCAGCGGCCCGGUCGGCAUGUUCCCGGACCCCAACUCGCGCAGCGCCAACGGGCGCGCCUACCAGUACAACAACCCGCGGCGCGGCGCCAACCCGCCGGGCCGCUCGACCUUCCACAGCGCGCGCCUGCGCCGCGCGUCGGCCAUCGUGCAGGACCCGACGUCCGUGUCCCUGCGCGAGGUCGUCGUGUUCCUGUUCGCCGCCUUCGUCCUCUACCGCGGCUUCUUCACCGCCCGCGACCUGCGCGACCUCGUCUUCCGCCGCCGCGUCUCCGACGUCUGCCUCGUGGCCGCCGACGGCGCGGCGUGCCUGGCGACCUACCUGAACCGUGUGUGGUUCGUCCACCUGUGGCGGCUGGCCGCCGACGUGGUGCCGUGGGGCGUCGUGGUUGCUGCCGCUGUGUUUGUCGGCGAGCUGGCGCUGGCGUCUAUGCGCGGUUGAAGAGGCGGAUGUUCCGAGUCAGGCCAUGCUCUACACGUCAACGUGGAUCCUCACUGCAGGUCCUGCCGCCGCAUCUGCUACAGCGCCCUGGACCGCCUGAGAGGGUAGCGCCGCGGCACAUCCAUGCUUAUAUUAGCUCUUGCUUCGUCUUCCGGGGCGUUUACCGUCGAGGUUGGCAUGUCUGGUGCUUGGAUUCAGUCGAAUCAGUUUCAGUUUCCUGGCUGUCGUUGUUAGCACGCGUAUUCGACUGGAGCUCAGCACUCAGUACGGUGCAGAGGAAUCUGCAACCUGAGAAACAUUUGGUUUGUUCCACUCUUCUCGGAACAUGGCCGGGAAGCUGACACCUCUUGUUUUUGCCCCGUUCCACCAAAGUUGGUACCUCAAAUUACCAGUAUUUCCUGUAUACCCCAAAUUCCCUUUUGGAAAUAUCAUCCCAGAGCAGAUUGUGCUGGCCACUUCUUCCCGUUCGAAAGAAGGGGAACAAACCCUCGGGUCUAUUCUUUGCUGCCAGAGUUCCAAUGUGCCAUGGUAUUUCCAAGCAAAUAUUGUCCUGUCGCCCUGUCCAAAAAACACAGAGUGGUUUUCAGGUACGCGCAAAACGUCAAUGACACAUAGCUGCAGGGACCCACCAGCACUCGGAGCCAAGACCGAGCUAGCCUCAACCCGUUGAUACCGUUGACUCGCUGGUCCGUUAUCGCACCGCCCAGCGUGCCUCGGUGCCCAAAACAGCGACCCCGCAUUCACUGAUCAGAGAUGCAUACAUUGGGCGGACAUUGCUUGUCUCGAGGAUCGAGGGGUUAUAUAUCACAUCGCGUUUGGUCAACAUAUG